AUGGAUGAAAUAAUUAAAGGUUUAUACGUCGAUAUCGAUGUUGUAACGAUUAGCAGGAUGAAUAAUCGUGCUCCAUCGAAUUAUUCAAUGAAGAAUUCAAUACCAAAUUUCGUAACACAUUCAAUGGGCGACCGAUUUAAUAGUGUGAUGUUUUACAGCUAUUCAUUUCUGGGAAUAUCUUUCCUUUUUUUUUUAUUAUAUAAA